CUUCUUUUCGUGGGGUUGUCCGGACGGGGCGUCGCCCCGCGGGAUUACCUCAUCUUGGGCGGGAGGUGCGGCCCCCGGAGCGCCUCGCAGCGCCGUGGGCGGAAAGCAGCGGUUUGGGCAAAGCGAGCCCUCGGCUUCCCUGCUGAAGCACUCGGGCUUGGUGCUGCUCCCUGUGGGCACGUUGGAGGGUGCUCGGCCGCACUGCAGGCUGAGGGCUGCGUGCAGGCGGCCUUUCUCAGCUGGCACGUGGAGCUGUCCUGUUGGGUUAUCUGUGUGUAUCAGGAAACCCGCCUCACAUUGGUGCUUCGUGGCUAGUUCUGUGCAGCUGGCCAACGAGCUCCUGCCAUCAGUUUUAUGCCGGAGCUUUGGCCAGCGGAGGUGGCAGGGACCUUGGACCAAGCUGGGAUGUGGCAGCCAAGCUGUGAGGACGCAGGCAGGUGCCCGCCUCGCUCGUAGAGCCCCCGGACGGACGGACGGACGGAACGCGGCGGAGAUGAGGACGGCGGAGGACUCGAGCGGGACGGUCCUGCACCGCCUGAUCCAGGAGCAGCUACGCUACGGGAACCUGACGGAGAACCGCACGCUGCUGGCCAUCCAGCAGCAGGCCCUCCGCGGCGGCACGGCCGGCAGCCCCCGCUCGUCGCUGGAGAGCCUGACCCAGGAGGAGAGCCAGAUGGUGCCGCAGUCCGCGCGGCAGGAGCCGCAGGGCCAGGAGCACCACGCCGACCACCUGUACUCCGAGCACGGCGGCUACCGCCCGGCCCAGCCCCAGCACAAGGGCGAGGAGCUGCCCAGUUACGAGGAGGCCAAGGCGCACUCGCAGUACUACGCGGGGCAGCGGGGCGGGCAGCAGCACGGCGGCACCCGGCGCCCCGACGACGCCCUCAAGGACCUGAAGCACGGCCACGUGCGGUCGCUGAGCGAGCGGCUGAUGCAGAUGUCGCUGGAAAGGAACGGGGCCAAAGCGCACGGCCCCAUCAGUUCGUCCCACAGCUACCCGCAGCUCUCCCGGCACUACACCCUGCGAGGGCAGCGCCCCGAGGCGACAGAGCCGCGCGGGCCUCCCCCGGAGUACCCCUACAUCCUCCCCAGCCAGGAGGCGGCCGUCGCCUACCUGUCUCGGCCCUGCUCCCGGGACGGGGCCGGCUUCCAGCACCCUGAAGUCAGCAGGCUGAUGCCAGCACCUGUCCCCGCAGCGUUCCUGCCCCCACCGAGCGCGCUGGGCUCGCUCGGCCCCACCGGCAUGGAGGCUCUGGUGAGUGCACAGGCUGCCUCGGCUGGCAGCCGGUUGGCCCAGGUGGACGCGGUGCUGCGGGAGAACGAGAGGCUGCUGCUGGACAACGAGAGGCUGCGACGGGAGCUGGAGAGCUGCACUGAGAAAGCCAGCCGGAUCCAGAAGCUGGAAACUGAGAUCCAGCGCAUCUCGGAGGAUUAUGAAAACCUCAUGAAGGCGUCCUCCAAGCGGGAAGCGCUGGAGAAAGCCAUGAGGACCAAGAGAGACGGGGAGAUGCGGCGGCUGCAGGACUUCAACCGAGACCUGAAAGAACGCUUGGAAUCGGCCAACAAACAGCUGGCCAGCAAGACCCAGGAGAACCAGGAGAGCAACCAGGGCACAGUGGCAAAGCUCCUGGCACAGAGCUAUGAGCACCAGCAGGAGAAGGAGAAGCUGGAGCGGGAAGCCUCCCUGCUGCGCAGUGCCAAUGAGGACCAGCGCCGGCGGGCAGAGCUGCUGGAACAGGCGCUGGGCAGUGCGCAGGCACGGGCGGCCAAGGCGGAGGCCGAGCUGCGGAAGAAGCGGGCGUACGUUGAGAAGGUGGAGCGGCUGCAGGCAGCCCUGGGCCAGCUCCAGGCCGCCUGUGAGAAGCGGGAGCAACUUGAGCUGCGCCUGCGCACCCGCCUGGAGCAGGAGCUGAAGAUGCUGCGGGCUCAGCAGAGGCAGGUGGGAACCGUAGGUGGAGGGAUGCCUGAGCUGAGUGCCCACAGGCUGUCCGAGCAGCUGAGGGAGAAGGAGGAGAAGAUCUUGGCCCUGGAGGCUGACAUGACCAAGUGGGAGCAGAAGUACCUGGAGGAGUGCACCAUGCGGCAGUUCGCCAUGGAUGCUGCCGCCACUGCCGCCGCCCAGAGGGACACCACCCUCAUCAGCCACUCGCCACGGCACUCACCCAAUAGCAGCUUCAAUGAGGACCUCCUACUGGCCAACCACAAGCACCAGGAGAUGGAGAACAGGUUAAAAGCCCUUCAUGCCCAAAUCCUGGAGAAAGAUGCUGUCAUCAAAGUCCUGCAGCAGCGCUCACGGAGGGACCCCAGCAAAGCCCUGCAAGGCUCCCUGCGGCCAGCCAAGUCUGUACCAUCUGUCUUUGCUGCCUCUGCUGCAGAGGGCACGUCCCGCAGCAGCACAGUAGGCAAAACUGCUGCAGAUGAGGCAGCAUCGGUGCCCACCGCUGUGCCCCUGCCUUCCCAUGCCAAGCACGGCAGCAAAGACGGCAGCACACAGACAGAUGGGAUGGCACAGAGCCGGGCUGAGGGUGCGGAGUGCCCAGCCAGCUCACCAGAGAGCUCAACCAUCCCCAGAGCCCCAGACCUGUCUGACAUGGUGGAGAUCUUGAUUUAAAAGUCUUCUGGCCUCCCGGCUUCAACUUUCCAGCUAUGGCCAGAGAGAGCCACCAUCAUGACAAUGGAACCGGCCAAAGAGGAGCGGUGACAGCAUGAUCCUCCACAUCCCAUCUCUGCCACCGUCCCCACCGUGUGCCCUACACGUGUCCCCAGGGACACUGCAGCGCCUGGCCCCUGGCAGCCCAGAAGAUGCGACUCCCUGUAAAUACACAACUGUUUUGUAGGACAGGAGCAAAUGUAUUUAUCAUUUCAACCUCCUUCCCCUCCUCUCUUGGGCUUUCUUCCCAUCCCUCCCUCAUCAGCUCCUUUCCGUCUCCAUCCCCAUCUCAGGAGCUGUUGGGAGAGCCCUGGGUGCAUCCCAUUUUUCUUCGCAAAGGGAGGGAAUGGGACAUGGUGAAACAAAAAAGGAAAAAUGAAUAAUAGAAAGGAAGUUGGAGGAGAAGCCUGCUGGAGGUGAAAUGCUCAGAGGGGAGCAAGUGUGUCCCAUGGCCGGGUGGAAUGUGCCGCCCCGUGCCCCCCUCCUCUACUGGCAGCUGGCUUCUGCCCGUAGCCAACACUGACUUCUCGGUCCUCGGAACUCUGACACUUUCCAGCCUUGCCCUUCAUCCAUCUGUAUAUUUUUUUUUCUUUCUUCUUCAAACGUGUGCAUUUGCUGGACAACUGCAUUUUUUAUUUUCUCUCUCCGACACGUAAAAAAUGCGUUCUGUUCUCAUGCAUUGUUUACAACGUAGAAAACAAAAAAAAAAAGGAAAAAAACCCACAAGCUAAUAUAUUUUAUAUUAAUAUUGAUAUUUCUUUUUAAGUAUUUUUUUUGUGCUGUGAACUUUUUUUUUCCUGCCAAAGACAAUGAGUUCUUGUUUGUGCGUUUUAAGUUAUCUGAAGUAUUUAAACAUAAACCUGGCUGUUUCGUUAUGCCGCCCUAUACCGAGAUUGCUGUAGCAUUCCACUUGGUAUAACAAUAUUUUA